UCGCCCUUUACCCCUCCCCCGGGGGAGUCGCAGCGCUGCAGGCUGGAGCGGGGUUUGAGAGGACCCCGGGCUCGGUGGGGAAUCCGAGCCUGAGCGGUGCCUGAACCCGGCGGCGAGCGAACCGGGCGGCGGCGUGCAGUGCCGUUGAGGGCGCUGCCCCGCGCGCUCCCAGGCCGUCCCGGUCCCUGGGAUCUUGGAAGGAUCAGCGCCCGGGGCCGAAGAGCGGGGUCAGGCGGGUCGCUGCCAGGGCUCCAGCCCGACGCGGGGCAUCGACUGUGGCUUGGGCGCUUCCUGCCCGAGCGGAGAUCCGGGUUUACCUCGCGCGGGGGCUCAGGACCCCGACGCGGGUGAGGCUGCCCCGGGAGCAUGAGUGGGCAGCGCGUGGACGUCAAGGUGGUGAUGCUGGGCAAAGAGUACGUGGGCAAGACGAGCCUGGUGGAGCGAUACGUGCACAACCGCUUCCUGGUGGGACCCUAUCAGAACACCAUCGGAGCCGCCUUCGUGGCCAAGGUGAUGUCCGUCGGAGACCGGACGGUGACUUUGGGUAUUUGGGACACAGCGGGCUCCGAGCGCUACGAGGCCAUGAGCCGAAUCUACUAUCGGGGUGCGAAGGCAGCCAUCGUCUGCUACGACCUCACGGACAGCAGCAGCUUUGAGCGGGCCAAGUUCUGGGUGAAGGAACUGCAAAACCUGGAGGAGGGCUGUCAAAUCUACCUGUGCGGCACCAAGAGUGACUUGCUGGUGGAGGACCGGCGGCGAAGACGUGUGGACUUCCACGAUGUCCAGGACUAUGCAGAUAAUAUCAAAGCUCAGCUCUUUGAAACAUCCAGCAAGACAGGCCAGAGUGUGGACGAGCUCUUCCAGAAAGUGGCAGAGGAUUACGUCAGUGUGGCCGCCUUCCAGGUGAUGACAGAGGACAAGGGCGUGGACCUGGAUCAGAAGGCAAACCCCUACUUCUACAGCUGUUGUCAUCACUGAGUCACCACUCACCUGGCCUGGGGGAAUUAAAGGAAUUCCCCCAGAUGGGCUGGACCUAGCUCUUCAGGGCUUGGGUGGUCAAAUGUGAGCUACCCCAGGUCCACAUGCCAGCAGAGGUGGCACAUGCCUGUGCUGGCCCAUGGAACGGAUGCAGCAUUGGGCUGACUGGUGGGCAUCAGGAGGGUAAGGGCUGAUUUGGACCCCAGGCUUCUGUCCUGGACAGCACUUGUGUCUGCAGAUUACUUAAGUGGCUUCUGAUUUGUAAAUAAAAUCAAUGCACUGAGACUCAC